UUUUUAUUUUGCAUUUUGCAUCAUCAUCACCACCUAAAAUUCUUUCUUUUCUCUCCUUCAAUCUCUUCUUUUUUCCUCUUUCCUUCCACCAAAGUAACUAACCCUUGUUCUUUUUUUUUUUAUUUACACUUUUUUCAGGACCCAACAUAACCCUUUAAUUUCUCAAAGAUAAAAUAGUGUCAUCACUCAAUCACCAACCUCAGCAAACAAGGUUCAAACUUCAAUUCAUGGAGCUUAUGCACAGAAAACCUAACCCUAUAUCAUAAAAAAGCUAACUUUUUCUUUUUAUAUAAUUAUUUUUCCUCCUUAAAUUAUCAUUAUCAUUAAAUUAACUCAAAAAUCUUUUGUACACCCUAGAUGUUAGAGCCAUGGACAUAACCCCAACAACAACAACAACACCAACCAUUUUAACAACAUCAACAACAACAUUAACAAAAUCACCAGAACAUGAAACUGAAACACCCACCAAAAUCACAACAUCCAACACACAAACAACACCAAAAAUCUUGUCUUUUUCCAACGGUGUUCUCAAACGCCACCACCACCUUAACAACCACCACCACAACCACCAAGUAACUGUUACUUACAAAGAAUGUCUCAAAAACCACGCAGCCAACUUAGGUGGCCACGCCCUCGACGGUUGCGGCGAAUUCAUGACAUCUCCCACCGCAACAUCCGCCGACCCAACUUCCAUAAAAUGCGCCGCAUGUGGCUGCCACCGUAAUUUCCACCGCCGCGAACCAGAAGAACCACCACUUUCCACCACCACCACACACGUAAUCGAAUAUCAACCUCACCACCGCCAUCAACCACUUCCACCGCCGCCGUUUUCCAACCGUAGCCCCAAUUCAUCUUCACCACCUCCGAUCUCUUCAUCUUACUACCCAUCCGCCCCUCACAUGCUCAUCGCACUCUCAACUGCCCUUCCGGAAAAUACGGCCGUCCCUAACACUGCCUUGAUCUCUCCUGGGUCCCACACUAGAAAACGGUUUAGAACAAAAUUUUCUCAAGAACAAAAGGAUAAAAUGUUGAAAUUUGCUGAAAAAGUUGGUUGGAAGAUUCAAAAGCGUGACGAUGAUUUGAUUCAUGAGGUUUGUAAUGAAAUUGGUGUUGAUAGAACUGUUCUCAAAGUUUGGAUGCAUAACAACAAGAACAAUUUCACUAAGCGAGACAACAACAACAUCAUCAACAAUAUGAUGGAAAGCAAUAACAACAAUGAGAUUGGUGUUAAGAGUUUUCUGCCACUUGAGGAUGAAGAACACAAAGCUGAUAUGAAUGCUGAGAUUCAUACUCAUCAUAGUCAUUACCAGAAUGAAGGUGGAGUUCGUGCUAAUGGUUCAUCUUCUUCUUCUUGAUCUUUAAUGGAAGAGAAUAAAAUACUACUAGUAUGUUAGUUAGAUUUGAGUACUGUGCUGUUAACGGUUAAUUAAUUAGUUUUUAAUUUUUUUUAAUUUUUUUUUAGUUUAAUGUUAUCAUGUUAUGAGAUGAGAUGAUGAAAUGGUGAUCACCUUUGUUAUAACAUUGGAGAGAAUGAUAUCAAGUUAAUUAAGGGAAUUUAUUUUA